AUGAUCCGGUGUUAUGUCGACAAAGAGCAGAAAACUUGGGAUGAACAGUUGCCUCUCUUACUUUCUGCAUACCGAAGCACUCCACACAAAGCCACAGGAAUAUCCCCAAACUUUAUGAUGUUGGGUAGAGAGGUACACCAACCUGCAGAACUAGUUUUUAAGGACUCAGACACAAUCCGAGACCCACUGGAUACCCAAACAUACAUUGAGAAGCUUAAACAUGCUCUGAGUACAGCCCAUGAUGUUGCGCGGAAAUCACUUCAGCAGGCGCAGAUAAAGCAAAAGCGUCUUUAUGAUCUGCGCAUUUCCAGCAAACAAUACGGAGUAGGUGACUUGGUUUAUGUCAACAAAAUGGCGAAACAGGUGGGUAAGUCGCCCAAGUUGCAAUCUGUUUGGGAGGGGCCUUUUAUCGUCAAAACGAAAUACGGACCUGUUUUAUACGAGGUAAAAGGACGCAAAAAGUCGGCUGUGAUUCAUCAUGAUCGUCUUAAGGCAUAUACCUCCGAUUUCGUACCAGGCUGGGUCAGUAGGUACACUCCCCCAGAGCAAAACGACCUGGAGACCAUACAGGAAUGUCAAGGCGAAGUGAACGGUGAGACAGACAGAGCGCCUGAAGAAGAAAAAAUGGACUCAGAUGAUUCUCUGGAGACGUCUGAGGAGAUUAUUGCUGGACAAGAAACGAGGCCACUGCGGACUCGAGCUGGCCGUGAAAUACGUCGCCCAAGUCGGCUUAACCUUUAUGGACUUAAAGGAGCCUAG